AUGUCCACCCCUAUCCCCACGCCAGGUAGGAACCCCCUUCAAGGGCGCACGCCCUCACAAGCCCAUGGAGCUGCCGGCACGCCACCCGUUUCGACGCCCUUUUCAGCCGCCCAGGCUGUCUUCUCGCCAAAUGGCCCGCGCUCGUCGCCGCAGCAGUUUAAAAGAUCACCGGCGACCGUGGGCUCAACGACUGCGACAGGCGGCCGCCCCCCAAGCGCCAUCAACUUUGACAGCCCCUCGGCGUCAGCAGCCCUGGGCGCUCUACAACCCAUGACUCCUGGCAUGGACAUGACCAUCCGGUCGCUGGCAAAUCUCGGUCGUGCUAGUGAGGAUGAGCGGGCCAAGCGCCUAGAGGAGGUUAUCCACAUCCUCAGCAAAAGCAAAGGUCUAGUCAGCGAAGCCGGUCUAGAGAGGUUAGCGCGCAGCCUGGAGCUUGAAUUCAUGUGGGAGAGCUCAAUGGGCAGUGACAACAAGAGGACCCUUAUUGUGGCCGGGUCUGCCCUCGAACUGCUGGUGGAGUUCUCCCAGGAUGUUGUUCAGUCUGUGACGCUCAACUUCCCUGACUCUCCAGAAAUUGUCACUAAGCAUGCCCAGAAGGCUGGCGAGAUUCUGUUUAACGAUCUGCGCCUUGCCCCGGGCCAGAGCCCAUUAACUAAGUCUCUUGCCCGCUUUGCGGCAAACUUCGAGCGCCUGGCUGUGCUAGACAAGCUCAGCAUCAACCCCGGACUUAACUUGUACGAGGCUGUUGCCGAUGUCUACGAAAGCUUAGCGCGUCUUCAUGCCUGGGAGCUGCAGAAGCUCCGCGAGGACCCAUCUCUUGCGGGCAAGGAUGACGAGUACCUCGAGAAUCUCGUCCUUUGCACCAAGAGCGGGAAGCCAGCGAUGAACGACCGGGGCCGCGUGGGCCUCGCUCUAGACUACUGGAAGGAAAAGCACCUGCUCAGGACCCCUGACGCCGAAGUCGCCUCCUGGAUAGCGGAUAACGAGCGCACCUGGAGCAUCCUCAUCGGCUGUGCUCCUCUCCGCGACUUAAGCAUCAACCCCGUGCGCAUCUCCGACAAGUGGAUCGGUCCUAAUGUCGUCAAGACCUCUCUCCCGGAUGGCCUACACACAGGCGAACCCAUCAUCGACUGGCUUGACCCCGAGCCAACUUUUAUUCCUGCGACGGAUCAGCAACAGCAACAGCAACAGCAACAGCAACAGCAACAGCAACAGCAACAGCAACAGCAGCAGGCGGACGCGCCACUUCUUCCACCUCGUUUGCCCGAGGUCGCUUUUCAUGCUGUCUUCGACCCGCCCGUGCACAUCCCCAUCAACCUGUGGCAGCACUUACAAGAGAUGGGCUGCGUCCUGCCCGACGAGACAGCCACUCAACCCUUCCAACAGCAUCACUUCCGGUCCUUCGAUAGCCUCGUCAUCCCUCCACCGCAAGGCAAGGAGACAGACGCGACCGAGACAAGAGUAUUCAGCUGUCGUAAGAAGACGCCAUUCGUCCCUCGGCGGUCGGGAGUCCGGAACGGCGAGGGGGCAACGCAGAAGAUGGAGUACAGGAUCCAUCAGAACACACUCUUCGUUCCAAAGCCCGUGAUGUGCCGGACCCUGACGGAGAUGAGCUUCUCCCAUCCCCAGCAGCUGGUCAGCAUCCUGCCUUACUUGAGGCAGUACGCCUUCCUGGCGCAGUUGUUGGAGAAUAGCUUUAAGCCUGGGCCGGCGCUCCAACUUCCUACCGAUCCAAACGCCGACACCACCACCUCCAAACCUACUCCCAAUGCAAAGGCAUCGCACAAAAAGCUAGACGACUUCGAAGCCUUCCUCGCCAAGCACUCUUCCCACUCCGGACCCAUCUCCAACAUGACGCCCUCCCAGCACCAGCCCUCCUCCGACCUCAGCAUCGACGUCACCCUCCGCCUGGUCCUGCCAUCCCCCAAAUUGCAGAUAGUCUUCCCUCUGCAUGCCACCAGCAAGGAGGAAGUGAAGGGCAAGAUCGCACAUGUCACGUUCGCGGUAAGGGAGAAUGGGAGGCUGGAGGUUGAGAUGCAGAAUAUGAUCGAAGAGGAAGGGGAUCAGAUGGAGGGGGUAAAAACUGAGGGAGACGAGGAUGGGGAGGAGAAAAAGAGGAGGAGGCCGCAGCCGGGCGAUUUGGCACGGGCGUUGGAGGUGUUGGAGGAUGUGGGGAAGUGGGCUGAGUUUGUGAGGACUAGGUGGGUUUGA